GCUUUACAUGAUCAGUAAUUACACAGUGCAAACCCAGCUGCCCUGAGAAGUGUUUUGUUUAUUCCUCAAAACCAAGGAUGAAACAUGCCCAAAGGACUAUUGUGUUUCAUCCAAACCACCAAAGUCUGUGAGACACGAGAGGGGGCAGGCGGAUAGUUGAAAUUUUGUCCGUUUCUGUAUUGUGCACGUCGGGGUGGUUUGAGUUUGUAACACUUGAUCAGCUGUGUGUUCAAUGUCUGCACGCCAUCACACCGGUCCUGCAGGCAGAUGGGCGAGGACAAAGCCCCGUGCUGGACAGCACUGUCCUUCCUCUGCCCUGGCAGACCUGACUGCACAGCCUGCGCCUGGCCCGGAGCCGCCACAGCAGCGUUCUCCCCCGAAAAGACACAACUCAAUCCGCUUAUGCCUGAUCUCUAAAUUAGUGUGGACACGAGUCUUCAUUUUGUUCAUAAAAACAAUGAAAAUCGAAUACAUUUUUCCCAGUAACUGUACUUCUUUUUAAUCAGAAACAAACGAAAUCCCAGUACAAUCUAUUGAUGAAAGCCGGGAUCUUUACCCAUUAGGAGUGGUUUUCCAAGUGGUUUGGAAGCAGUAUCAACAUGUGACUCGGGGUCUGGCUGUUGUUAUGAUUGUUACAUUAUGUUGUUUCCACUUUAUUUAUAUUCUGCCUUAGAAGUGGCGUUAGAAACCCAUUCGAGGUAACAGCAGGGCUUCAAGCCUGAGGAGAAAGGUUUGUUAACUGCAGCAGUCAGCUUCGGGCGGGCUCACUGGUGUGAUCGCUUAGGAAGCGCAGCCCCGGGAAGUUGUGCUGGUUGUGUUCUGGUCAGAACGAGCUGAGCAAUGCGCAGCAGAUGCCGGCUGCCUGCGGGCACCGGGGUUGUUUCGCGGCUGUGAGAUGCCUGUGGGAUUUGUUUCAGCAUCCACUCGGUGACAAGAUGCAUCGUACUUUCCAGCGUUUCCAGGGAUCAGCAGCACCUCAGUUCUGCGGGUACGCGGGAGCAGGGCGGCGCACGCAGCACGGGUCCGGCCGCCCCGCUGGCUGCAGGCCCGUCAGUGCCCUGGGGCGGGUGCUUGUCCCGGUGCCUGUCCCAGUGUCUGUCCCGGUCUGUGCUUGUCCCAGGAGCAGCGGCCGCCCGGGCCCCGGGCCGGAGCUGGCGAACCGCGCGCGCCGGGAUUCCCUCAGGGAAUGACGUCCCGGCGCGCGGCCAUUGGCUGCGCCGCGGCGAGUUCUCCAUUUAUGGACACAUGGCCCGCGCGGGGCAGCCCCGGCCCCGCGCCGCUCGCCCCUCCGGUCCCCUCCUCCCCUCCGGUGCCCUUCCCGCGCCGCCCGGCCCCGGCCCGGCCCCGGCCCCGCUCCGCGCCGCUCCCUGCCCGGCCCCGCCCCGCCCCGCCCGGCCGCGAGCUGCGCGCGCGGGGAGGGCGGAGCCGCGGCCCCCUCCCCUCCGUCCCGGGGCGCCGGCGUGUCUGGGCAGAGCCGCGGGCAGCGCCGCGCCGAGCAGCAGCGAUGGGCAGCAAAGGACACUACAGAUACCACUGGCAGAGCCACAAUGUCAAGCACAGCGGAGUGGAUGAUAUGGUCCUGCUUUCCAAAAUCACCGAGGACUCCAUAGUGGAGAACCUAAAGAAACGAUACAUGGAUGACUACAUUUUUACAUACAUUGGCUCUGUAUUAAUAUCGGUGAAUCCUUUCAAGCAAAUGCCAUAUUUUGGGGAAAAGGAAAUUGAAAUGUACCAAGGAGCAGCACAGUAUGAAAACCCACCACAUAUUUAUGCUCUUGCAGACAGCAUGUACAGAAACAUGAUAAUUGACAGAGAAAAUCAGUGUGUCAUUAUUAGUGGGGAAAGUGGUGCUGGGAAGACUGUAGCUGCUAAAUACAUCAUGAGUUACAUCUCCAAAAUUUCAGGAGGUGGUCCUAAAGUACAGCAUGUUAAAGAUAUUAUUCUACAAUCCAACCCUUUACUGGAGGCCUUUGGGAAUGCAAAAACUGUACGGAACAACAACUCCAGCAGAUUUGGGAAAUACUUUGAAAUACAGUUCAGUCCAGGUGGAGAACCAGAUGGAGGGAAAAUCUCCAACUUCCUACUGGAAAAAUCUCGAGUUGUAAUGAGGAAUCCUGGAGAGAGGAGUUUUCACAUUUUCUACCAGCUAAUUGAAGGGGCCUCCCCAGAACAAAAAAGCAGCCUUGGCAUUACCAGUAUGGACUACUACUACUACCUGAGUCUCUCUGGGUCCUACAAAGUCGAUGACAUCAAUGACAAAUCAGAUUUCCAAGAGACACUGCACGCAAUGAGUGUGAUUGGGAUCUUUGCAGAGGAGCAGGCACUGGUUCUGCAGAUAGUGGCAGGAAUAUUGCAUUUGGGAAACAUCAGCUUCAAAGAAGUUGGCAACUACGCAGCAGUGGAGAGCGAGGAGUUUUUAGCUUUCCCUGCUUUUCUGCUGGGAAUUAACGAGGAGCGCCUGAAGGAGAAGCUGACCAGCAGACAGAUGGACAGCAAGUGGGGAGGCAAAUCCGAGUCCAUCAAUGUCACCCUCAAUGUGGAGCAAGCCUGCUACACCAGGGAUGCGCUGGCCAAGGCCCUUCACUCCCGUGUUUUUGACUACCUGGUGGAUUCUAUUAAUAAGGCUAUGGAGAAGGACCAUGAAGAAUAUAACAUUGGUGUCCUUGAUAUUUAUGGCUUUGAAAUAUUUCAGAAAAAUGGUUUUGAACAGUUCUGCAUCAACUUUGUAAAUGAAAAACUGCAGCAGAUUUUUAUUGAGCUAACACUGAAGGCAGAACAGGAAGAAUAUGUGCAAGAAGGAAUUAGAUGGACACCAAUAGAAUACUUCAACAACAAAAUAGUGUGUGACCUUAUAGAGAACAAAGUGAACCCCCCAGGGAUCAUGAGCAUUUUAGAUGACGUGUGUGCCACCAUGCACGCGGUGGGAGAAGGGGCUGACCAGACACUGCUCCAGAAGCUCCAGAUGCAGAUUGGGACUCACGAACACUUCAACAGCUGGAACCAGGGCUUCAUCAUCCAUCAUUAUGCUGGAAAGGUAUCUUACGACAUGGAUGGAUUCUGUGAGAGAAAUCGGGAUGUGCUGUUCACAGACCUGAUUGAGCUGAUGCAGAGCAGUGAUUUGCCUUUUAUAAAGGCUCUGUUUCCUGAAAAUCUUCAAGUGGACAAGAAGGGUCGUCCUACCACUGCAGGCAGCAAAAUCAAAAAACAAGCCAAUGACCUCGUUGGCACCCUGAUGAAGUGCACACCCCACUACAUCCGCUGCAUCAAACCCAAUGAAACCAAGAAGUCUCGAGACUGGGAGGAGAGCAGGGUAAAACAUCAAGUGGAAUACUUGGGUCUGAAAGAAAAUAUUCGAGUCAGAAGAGCCGGCUACGCCUACAGACGGGUUUUCAAGAAGUUUCUGCAGAGGUAUGCCAUUCUGACCAAAGCAACCUGGCCCUCGUGGAAAGGAGAAGAGAAGCAAGGAGUCCUCCACCUGCUUCAGUCAGUCAACAUGGAUCCUGACCAGUACCAGCUCGGGAAGUCCAAAGUCUUCAUCAAAGCUCCAGAGUCUCUGUUCCUGUUAGAAGAGAUGAGAGAGAGGAAGUACGAUGGGUAUGCCAGGGCCAUCCAGAAGGCCUGGAGGAAGUACGCAGCCAGGAAAAAAUAUGUGCAGAUGAGAGAAGAAGCCUCAGAUCUGUUGCUGAACAAGAAAGAGAGAAGACGGAACAGCAUUAACAGGAAUUUUGUGGGAGAUUACAUAGGCAUGGAGGACCGCCCCGAGCUCCGCCAGUUUGUGGGCAAGCGGGAGAAGAUCGAUUUUGCAGACACUGUAACUAAAUAUGACAGACGGUUUAAGAGCGUGAAGCGAGAUCUCGUCCUCACUCCCAAGUGCAUUUACCUGAUCGGGCGUGAAAAGAUAAAGCAGGGCCCAGAGAAGGGCCAGGUGAAGGAAGUCUUGAAGCGAAGGAUGGAAGUGGAGAGAAUUCUUUCUGUUUCCUUAAGCACCAUGCAGGAUGACAUUUUCAUUCUACAUGAACAGGAAUACGAUAGUUUGCUCGAAUCAGUCUUCAAAACAGAGUUUUUAAGCCUCUUAUCCAAACGAUACGAAGAGAAAACACAAAGAAAACUACCUCUGAAAUUUAGCAAUACACUUGAAGUGAAGCUGAAGAAGGAGAGCUGGGGGCCCUGGAGCAGUGCUGGUUCUCGACAAGUGCAGUUUAUGCAAGGCCAAGGAGAUGUAGCCAUUCUCAAACCAAGUAACAAGGUGCUGCAGAUCAGCAUUGGACCAGGGCUACCAAAGAAUUCCCGACCUACUAGACGGAACCUUACCCAAGGCAGAGGAUAUUCCAGUAGGUCUCAAAAUCAGACUUAUCCAAUGAGAGCUGCACCACCUCCUCCAGGGCAGCAGCAGAAUGGAGUAAUAAACCCCCCUCAGUCUGCAGCCCAUCCCCAGGUCCCAGGAAGUCAAUGGGCCAAUCAGAAGAACCUGCUGUACACAAGUAUGACACGACCGGCUUUACCGCGGCAAAUGUCGGGAGGAUCAGGCAAGAUUUCACAGCAGCCACAAAGCUUGGAUUUCUUGAAAGUACCUGACCAAGGAGCAGCUGGUGUCCGCAGGCAGACAUCGAACCGCCCGCCGCCGGCCGGGGGCCGGCCCAAGCCGCAGCCCAAGCCCAAGCCGCAGGUGCCGCAGUGCCGGGCGCUCUACGCGUACGAUGCACAGGACACGGACGAGCUCAGCUUCAACGCCAACGACGUCAUCGACAUCGUCAAGGAAGAUCCUUCUGGCUGGUGGACGGGAAGACUACGAGGGAAACAAGGUCUGUUCCCCAACAAUUACGUCACCAAGAUUUAAAAGACUCUCAGAGAAAAUUUGGUGUAAAGGUACCAGUGGUUGAAGAUGUUUUCCCUUGCCUUCAGGACAUUGUUCUUCCAAGGUCUGCCACUCUCAGCAGUAUUUUCACCAGUAAAUUGUGUAUGAGCAGGAAGAGUUACCCACAGUACAGACUUUGAUCUUUGUCUCAGCACCAUACAGCAAUGAACUGACCAAUUAUUUAUUAUAUUUAAAACCUGGUUUUAACACCUGGUAAGUGAAGAAUGCUCAAACCUACCAUCUUCCUGAAACAGGUGACUUGCAGUCUGGAACCAGGGACUUCAGAAGGGGUGUAUUUAAUAAGUGCCUUCAGCUGAAUAUCAACUUUCUUAAUUAUCUACUGAAGAUAAUAUUAAAUGCACAUUUCCUCUAAUGCAGAUCAUUCUGGAGAACAUGUUAAGAAGUAUGCUGCUGCUACAUGUCAAAAAGAUUUAGGCUCAUUUGGGAUAUUGCCAUCUAAAAAACUACUGUGAUGGUCUAUUUAAUUCUGUACAGAGAUGUAAUGGAACUGGUUUGUGUUUGCAGGUGUGUUUAGGGACUCCAACAGGCACUGUAAGAAUUUAAAACAGAAAAUUACAUAGUACUGUAUGCUAAACAAUGUUGCCUUCAAGAUUUAUAUUAUAAUGUGGCUGGCCCAUGUUGGAUUUAUGUUUAAUACUCUACCUGUUAUAGAAGAGAUUAUGCAGAGUUAUGCGAGCUGUACAUUUACAGAAAUAUACUGUAUAUAAAAACUGGUUAUGAUAGAAACAUGUAUAAAUGUAUAAUGCAGUAGUUUACUGUUCUUAUGAAGUAGUACUGCUAGAAUUUUUAUGCCAGGCAGGUACUUACAGAUAUGCACUACUCCUCCUUUUAAAUAGCAAAAGCACAGGUAUUACUGCCCAAGUCUGAUUGCCUCCCCCAGCAGUGUGGCUGUUGCUUGCCCCGCAGUUCUGAAAAUUCCUGCUUUGCCUUUUGAACCUCCAUAAAAUAAAACACAGAAUGAUCAA